CCGAUGACGAAUCACCUGUUGCUGUUAUUGUGUUGAUAAGUGUCGUGUGAUAUCUUCGCAGGAAAGGAUGGCCUCUGCUCCUCCGCUACAUGUCGGUCCUGGGACUAAUUUCGUGUAUAUAAAUCACCUACCCCGAAUGGACCGAAAACGGUUAUCGGAUUUCCUGGAUCAGGAUGCGAAAUGGGUUGGACUUGCACUACAGAUGAAUUAUAGCUCUGACGACAUCGAAGACAUCAGACGAUGUUGUUCUAGUUCCGGGGAGUCACCAGCGAAAAGAUUGCUCACUAAUUGGGGCCGCUUCAACCAUACAAUUACCGAACUCUUUGUAGUACUAGCAAAAGAAAGACACUUUACAGCAAUGGAAAGUAUCAAACGUUUUGUCGAGCCCAGAUUUCACAUAUUGAUCGAAAAACCUGCUGUCUCGAAUUCAGCGAAACUGCUCAACGCCCCUCAGUGUGCUACUAACCCUACUACAGUGCAUUCCGAAGAUCAGAACGAAGAAUGCGCUCAGCAGAGAGCUCCUUUUGUACAAACUCCGUCUCCAGCGACGGUAAAGCCCACAAUCGCCAGUUUACCAUCGAACGACGUCGCUGGCAUUGUGGGGGACUUGCCACAGUUCGAUUACGCAGAACUUUGCAAUGCGACAGACAAUUGGAGUCCGUCGAAUGAACUUGGAAAGGGCGGUUUCGGUGUUGUUUACAAAGGCUGGUUCAAAAAUACGCUCGUAGCAAUUAAGAAAAUCAAGGGACAAAAUACGGAAUCGGCCCGUACCGAAUUGCGACAAAGCUUUAACGAGCUGAAGUACUUGAAAACAUGCCUCCAUGAGAAUGUCGUACAGCUGCUCGGGUGUAGUAUUGAAUUUGGCGAACCCUGUCUGGUGUACCAAUUCAUGCGAGGAGGCUCUCUGGACAAGCGCUUGGCUCACAAGCAAGGCGAUGUUGACCCAUUGUCGCUAGAUGACCGAAUCAAAAUUGCCAAAGGAACAGCAAGAGGUCUUCAGUACUUGCAUACUUUCGCCAUGAAACCCAUCAUACACGGUGACAUCAAGCCGGGCAAUAUACUGUUGGACAAAUCGAACGAACCGAAGAUUGGAGACUUUGGAUUCUCGCGAGUACUGAUGACAGAUGAACCGUGUAUAAAGGUCACUCGGGUAUUCGGUACUCGUCGAUAUAUCCCACAUGAAUUUGAACAUCAGCGACAGCUUAGCACCAAGGUAGACUGCUUCAGCUAUGGCAUAGUGCUGUAUGAGCUCGCCACCGGUAAACGAGUGUACGACGAAAAAAGAUCGCCUCCUCAUCUGAAGGACUAUAUCGCUGGUGUAGCAUCGAGCACUGACUUCCGAGUGUUAAUCGAUCCCCUGCUGUCAAGGGAGGAUGACAAGACAGUCAAGGGUUGCAUGUUGUUGAUCCGGGCGGGAUUCUGCUGUACUGUAGACGAUCCGAAACGCCGUUCGAAUAUGGUAGAUGUGUACAAGUUUCUAACGGAACAUUGGCCUGAAUAGAACCAGGGUUUCCAACUCUAUAAACUCUUGAAUGAAAUGGGAAAAAAGAGAAUGAAAAAUACUUGUUUUACAUACCAGCAAUUCCACGUCAAAUUUCUCGGUCGCUGCCCCGAUCAUAUUUACUUUUCCAAACUUUGUACAAAAUCUACUCAAAACUACAAUUUUCUUUAUCAUAUGACCAAUUUUAAUUAGGACUGAUUUAUAAGGACGUAUCCAAAAUUAUUGAUCCUUUUUUUUUUAAGUCACAGGAGGGUUGUGUCCGAGACACGACCGCAUAGUUGACGUAAGAUUCCGUUAGGCUAUCUGUUGAUUUUGGUUAUGUUUGAAAAAUUACAUCGUUAAUCUCUUUAAUAAUCAUUUGGUGGCCCUGAAAAGGGCCGUCUUGUUUGGUUGUUGGGUAUUGUUUGUUUACUCCACCAGUGUUUACUGAGUGAUGAUGACAGAAGGAUUGUAAACAGUCGUUGGAUGGUGCGUAUCAGAUAAAAGAUACCGAAGCGGAACGAGAUAUGAUGAAAACCGCCCUCUGUGAUCCUAGACGAGAUGCCUCCAGUCUUAUGUAUGGAUGAAAUAAAGAAAAAAACUCACCAAUGAAAUAUAAGAUAAUUACCAAU